AUGGGAUUCUGUGUUUAAUGCUCAAACUUCAUUCCAAUUGCUUAAGCUGAUCUUCACUGUCUAAACUGCAUGGAAAACACCAAUAAAUUCAAUAGCUAAAUUGAUUAAAUCUCCUCACAAUUACAACAUAUCAAGACCAUAGCUUAUAAAGGAUAAGAAAAACUAGAUGAGAGUAGUGAAAAAUACAAGUUCAUGAUUAGAAUCCAGGAGCUAAGAUCUCAAAUUGAUUCUAUAAGAUGCUACAAUAGCCAUAGUAUCAAAAAACUAAAGGAUAUAGAAAGUGAAGUAAAUGUACUGAUAUCAUACCCCUAAACAUCAAUGACCAUCAUGAUGUUGUUGAGUAGGUUAUUAUGCUUAAUAAAAGAGAAAUUAGUAGUGCAGAAUCAGAAAAGGCUAGUUUCUCAAAAUUCAUUUCCGAAAGGGGCUGACACAAGAAUAAAAACUGAAUCGCAGUAUCAGUAAGGUAGUGAAGCAGAAUACUCAUAAAAAGAAUUCUAAUCAGAGAGCAACAUUAGUAAAGUAUCUGAAUUCAAGAGAACUUUUUAUUCAAAAUUUUUGGAGUUAUAACUCAAGCUUUCAAAGAAUGAUCCAGCUUAAUAGAUACUAGUUUAAGAUUUAUACAGAAUAGUAGUUAGAUAAAAUUACAAUCAGGAGGAGGCAUUAAGAUUUGUGAGAAAAUGCUUAAGAGUGGGUAAAAUUAAUUAAGUAUGA